AUGGCGCCCACUGUUCUUCCCGCAUCAGGCAACCCGCUGGUCUUCUUCGACAUCACACUCGGAGGUGAGAAGCUGGGCCGCAUAAAAUUCGAGCUCUUCGCAGACGUCGUACCCAAGACGGCGGAGAACUUCCGACAGUUCUGCACCGGCGAGACGAAGAACCACCUGGGCAAGCCGCAGGGGUAUAAGGGGAGCAAGUUCCACAGAAUCAUCAAAGACUUCAUGUGCCAAGGCGGCGACUUUCUCGCCGGCGACGGUACGGGUUCAACGUGCAUCUACGGCACCACGAACUUCGCGGACGAGAGCUUUGAGCGGAAGCAUACCGAGCCCGGAUUGCUGUCUAUGGCUAAUGCAGGCCCCAACAGCAACGGCUCCCAGUUCUUCAUCACCACCGUCCCCACACCGUUCCUGGACGGCAAGCACGUCGUGUUCGGCAAGGUGGUUGAGGGCAUGGAUGUCGUGCACAUGAUGGAGAAUACUAAGACGGGGUACCGCGGUAAAGAUGUCCCGAACCAGGAAGUCCUCAUCAGUCUCUGCGGGGAGAUGUAA